AUGCUUCAGGCUCUUAAGAUCUCUCAGUGCUUCAGGCUUCUCAAAGCUUCUCAAGAUCCCUCAGUGCUUCAGGUUUCUCAAAGCCUCUCAAGAUCUCUCAGUGCCUCAGGCUUCUCAAGGCCUCUCAAGGUCUCUCAGUGCCUCAGGCCUCUCAAGGCCUCUCAAGGUCUCUCAGUGCCUCAGGCCUCUCAAGGCCUCUCAAGAUCUCUCAGUGCCUCAGGUUUCUCAAGGCUUCUCAAGAUCUCUCAGUGCCUCAGGCCUCUCAAGGCCUCUCAAGAUCUCUCAGUGCCUCAGGCUUCUAGGCCUCUCAAGGCCUCUCAAGGUCUCUCAGUGCCUCAAGCCUCUCAAGGUCUCUCAGUGCCUCAGGCUUCUCAAGGCCUCUCAAGAUCUCUCAGUGCCUCAGGCUUCUAG